CUGUCAUGUUGGUGGUGCUUGUAAGUGACAAGACGAGAAAGAUACCGGAGAUAUAAGGAGGAGCCAUGGCGCCCAGUAGGCUCCGAAUGGCACUAGGGGCCGUGAAGGACCAGACGAGCAUCGGCCUGGCGAAAGUGAGCAACAGCACGACGAUGUCGGAACUGGACGUGACCAUCGUGAAGGCGACGCGGCACAACGAGUUCCCGGCCGAGGAGAAGCACGUACGGGAGAUCCUGAGCCUGACGUGCUACUCCCGGGCCUACAUCGGCGCGUGCGUGUCGUUGCUGUCGCGGCGGUUAGGCAAGACCCGGAGCUGGGCGGUGGCCCUCAAGACCCUCAUCCUCAUCCACCGCCUCCUCUCCGAGGGCGACCCGGCGUAUGAGCAGGAGAUCUUCUUCGCCACGCGCCGGGGCACGCGGAUGCUCAACAUGUCCGACUUCAGGGACACGUCGAGGUCCGACGCCUGGGACUUCUCCGCUUUCGUGAGGACGUACGCGCUCUACCUGGACGAGCGGCUGGACUACAGGAUGCAUGGCCGCCGCAAGCGGCGGGGCAGCAGGAGCAACAUCUACAAGGAGGAGGAGGAGGAGAAGGCAGCUGCGGCAUCGACCUCUAAGGCGACGCCUGUGAGGGAGAUGAAGACCGAACGGAUCUUUACGAGGACGCAGCAGCUUCAGCAACUUUUGGAACGCUUCCUCGCGUGCCGGCCUACAGGUGCAGCGAAACACAACCGCAUCGUGGCCGUGGCGCUUUACCCGCUGGUGAAGGAGAGCUUCCAGAUCUACUUGGAUCUCGCCGACAUUAUGAGCAUCUUCGUCGAUCGCUUCAUGGAGCUCCAAGUCCCCGAUUGCAUUCGGGUGCACGACAUUUUCUCCCGCCUCUCCAAGCAAUUCGACGAGCUCGAAGUCUUCUAUGGCUGGUCCAAGUCCGCCGGCAUCUGCCGCUCCUCCGAGUACCCCGAGGUCGAGCGCAUCACGACCAAGAAGCUCGACAUCAUGGAUGAGUUCAUCCGCGACAAGGCCGCCCUGACCCACACCAAGCGGCAGCGCAGCCUCGAGGCGGACCGCGACGCAUCCGACGACGCCAAACCUCCCGAGGAAGAGCCCGAACACAACAUGAACGCUGUCGAGUCAUCGCCCGAGCCGGAGGACGACACCGAAGAUACGAAGGAGGAGCAUGCGGUCGCCGAGGUUAAGACUGACGUCGCAGAUGAGAAGCAAGAAGAGGAAGAAGCAGAAGCAGAUUUGCUGAACUUGAAGGAAGACGCGAUGACCAGCGAGGAACACGGGGACAUGCUGGCACUGGCGCUGUUCGACGGCAACAUGGCGGACGCAGCGCCUAAAUGGGAGGCGUUCACGAACAACGACAACUCGUCGGACUGGGAGACGGCAUUGGUCCAGACGUCGAGCAAUCUGUCGGGCCAGAAAGCGUCUUUCGGCGGCGGCUUCGACAUGAUGCUGCUGGACGGAAUGUACAACCAGGCGCAGGCCGCCGUGGGCCACGGACACUUGGGUAGCGGGAGUGGGAGUAGCGUCGUGGUCCAUGCGCCUGCACCACAGCCAGUGCUGGCAUUGCCGGCCCCGCUUGAAGGCGGCACGACCAGCGGUGGCCGGGAUCCGUUCGCGGCGUCGUUGAUGGUGCCACCGCCCUCGUACGUCCAGAUGUCGGAGAUGGAGAGGAAGCAGCAUCUACUCGUGGAAGAGCAGCAGCUGUGGAAGCAGUACUCUAAGGAUGGAAUGCAAGGCCAGCUAGCGUUGGCCAAGCUGCAGCAGCAGUUUCCUCCUGCCGCUUAUCCGACAGGUGCGUAUGCUCGUAUGUUCUGA